AUGUCAGCGAUCUCCAGGUACUUGGAAAUAGAAACACUGGAGCCGGCAGUGAAUAACAAUUUUCAGCAACAUGUGAAGGUGCGUGGUCACAAAGAUUUGGUUGAAAACUUCGAGAAAAAAUAUAAUGAAAAGGGAUUCUCUUGUUCCUACUUCAGAAUUGAACGUCAUGAUGUCGUGGAAGUAACCGUGAAUCCAGGGAUAUCUAUUUACACUACAGUUGGCGGUGUACAAUUGCUGAAAAUGCAAAUUAUCUUUAUUCUUGAAGGCGAAGGUUUUAAGGUGAAUAGCAUGGUGUUUAAUCAGUGGAAUGGAACAGAAAAAAUAAUGAUGUAUAAAGAACAGGAAGCACCGGGGCAGUUGUCUGAAGCCGUAAAAGAAGGAUAA